UUUAUUUGGUGUUACCGGUAUCUGGACAUGAGUCAAUGUGAGUUUUUGGCUCAUCCCACCCCAAACCCACAAGCGCGUGUUCGCCCAUUUCAACAGUGUGCAGCUCUCUGCUCACUGACACAUGAGAGGCAAAGACGCUUUGAAGUCAAUAUCUUUGUGUGAAAGUCCGACAUUCAGAAACCAAAUAGCAAGCAUUUAUCAUCAGACGCACGAGCGCAGUGUGGAAAUAUUUCACCUCAGUUAAAGGUCAGUGUGUGUCUGUAUCUCAGUCAUGUUCUCCGGCCGCUCUCUUCUGCUGCUGUUGCAUAUCUGCACCCUGAUGGCCUCUUCGCUGACCCUGCCCUUUGAGCAGAAAGGAUUCUGGGAUUUCGGCAUGGAUGGUGACGGGGGAGAUCUGACGACGAUGAUGAUGAGAGACGAAGAAGGUUCGGGGUCUUCGGGGGAGGAACUGCCACCCGAUGUGCCCUUAUGUCCUUUUGGUUGCCAGUGUCAACUUAAUGUGAUCCAGUGCUCAGACCUUAGUUUGACUGCAGUCCCCAAGGAAAUUCCCAGAGACACCAAACUCCUGGACCUACAAAACAACCGGAUCACAGAACUGAAGGAAAAUGACUUCAAAGGACUUGCCAACCUUUAUGCCCUGUCACUGGUCAACAACCAGAUCUCCAAAGUCCACCCAAGAAGCUUCACACCCCUUCUACGCUUGAAAAAGCUUUAUUUUUCUCAUAACCUCCUGACAGUGGUACCCCAAAACCUGCCCCCAUCCCUGGUGGAGCUGCGCAUUCAUGACAACCGUAUUAAGAAGGUUGAAAAGGGAACGUUCUCUGGUCUGGGCAGCAUGAACUGCAUUGAGAUGGGCGGGAACCCUAUUCAGAACAGUGGCUUCGAGCCUGGGGCGUUUAAAGGGCUAACACUCAACUACCUGCGCGUAUCUGAGGCCAAACUCACUGGAAUACCUAAAGAUCUUCCUGAAAGUCUUCAUGAGCUUCAUUUGGACAAUAACCAGAUCCAAGCCAUCGAACUAGAGGACAUGAAGCGCUAUAAACACCUGUAUAGGUUGGGCUUGGGUUACAACCACAUCCGCAUGAUUGAGAAUGGGAGUCUAUCAUAUGUCCCAAAUCUGAGGGAGCUGCAUUUGGAAAACAAUCGCCUGAGCAAAGUCCCAAAGGGUCUGCCUGAUAUGAAGUACCUUCAGGUGGUCUACCUUCAUUCCAACAACAUCAGCCAAGUGGACAUAGAUGACUUCUGUCCCCAAGGUUUUGGUAUAAAGAGAAGCUUCUAUAAUGGCAUCAGUCUCUAUGGUAACCCAGUUAACUACUGGGAGGUGCAGCCUGCUACCUUCCGGUGUGUGAAUGACCGAUUGGCCAUUCAGUUUGGAAACUAUAGGAAAUAAAUAUAGAAUGAAGGAGAAACAAAUAAUGCUGGAAAUGAAGCAAAACAGAGAGAAGGGUGCAUGGGGCAAUAUCAGAUUGUUCUGCAGCGUUAGGAUGUUUUUGUGAGGUCAAAGGACAAUUUCAGAGAAUUUAGAAAUAAAGAAUCAUAAAAGUUCAAAUAGUAUUUUUUUCUCAAAGAAAUAGAGGCAGCUGGGACAUUCUGUCUCUAUUUCCAAAAUCAGAAUAAUGGUUUCAAAGCAAGGUCUUGCCAAUGUAUUAUCAAUUUAAGGGCUAUUUGUUUGAACAACACUUUUAUAGUAGGCUUACUAUAAUUGAUAUGUGCUAUUAUAUUGUUAUUAUUUUAUAUAUUUAUGUUUUUUCAUUAAUGGUGAAGCUUGGAUGUACUGUUUAAAUAGAAAGGUUGAAUCAACAGUACACUAGAUUUUUAAUUCACUCACCGUGCUUAAUAGUUGCAUCUCUGUGUCAUGUUUUAUUCCUCUUUUUCUCUUUUUUGUGGCAAUUUUCUUCACGCUUUAUACAGUUGGCGCUUUAUGAUUCAGUCAAUCAAAUGUCUCAUGUCCUUACCCAGCUCUAUUGGGUUUGAGGCUGAUUCAAAAAAAGAUUGUAAUGUAUUAUUAUUUUGCACAGUUUAUAUGAAUUCCAAAUCUUUUGUUUGUGGGGUUUUGUUCUUUUUUUCUCGUUUUUCUGCUGAAUGUGGCAGUGCUCUGUAUGCAUAUGCACACUGUGUUCUUCACUGCCGCAUGUUCCAAUAAAUAAUCUAUAUGGCUUGA